GCUAAAUGCAGGUUACAUUACAAUAUAUCCUGUUUCGUGUUUGCAUACAGUUGCAACGCCUCAGUGCGAUCAAAUGUUGAUCGGCUUUCACAUGAUGCAGAGGAUUUUAGAGGAUUAUUGAACACAAAGACCUAAAUGGAAUGUAGAAAGCCGCCCAGCCCUAUUCAAACCCUAAUUGUAAUAUAAGAAGGAAAACAUGAAGUUGUGGUGCCUGUUGUUAUAUUUGAUAGCAGAAGCAAACGGUGAAGACGAUAAACAUCCAUCGCGAAUUUCGACUGGAACAAUCGUCGGUAUCAAAUUGUCACUGGUGGCUUUCUGUGUAAUAUGUAUUUUGACAUGUGUUCUUCGGAGAAGGAAGCAGCGAAAGAAAAAAACAUAUCAGAGAGUCAGUUCAAGAAGAACAUCAAAAGAAUGGACUGAGUUGCCUUCAACGGCGAAGCUUGUAGACAUUGAGGAGACGGAUAAAAAUUUGCAGCCAAAGACAAGUCUAGAUUGUGGUGGCUGUAGCCAAGGUCUGUUAAACAUAGUUAACCGAUUCAACAUUAAAGAUGAUAAGUAUGCAAAAGAAAGAUGUAGUCAGAAGCCAACAGAAAAAGGGUCGCAUGAUAUUCCUCCUAAUAUCAAAGGAUAUGAGAAGUACAGCAAUAUAACGAAAGGGAAAGUCGUAUGGAUAUGCAAUUUCAAACCAGCAACAACAUUAAAAAAUGCUGCCGUCGAUACAUUUUUAAAGAGCAAGGAAGAAGGUGAAAUAUUUUUCUGUCAUCCAGCAUUUACGAAUAAACACCUGAUGAUGGGGGAAGAAGACGGCAAAACCUGCAAAAGUGUGAUACAAGAUGAAUUAAAAGCAGACGACGACACCGAUUGCUUCGUUUGUAUAAUAACCUCGUACGGCAAUAGUACAAGUAUAUGCUAUGGAGAACAAUCGCAACAGAAGGACGAAUUGUUCGGUACACUGGCUGGUUUGGAUAACCGUUCGGUCACCAAGAAACUGAUAGACAGGCCAAAGAUUUUGAUAUUUGAUUUGUACGACCAAGUCGAAAAUCAAAAAUCUAAGAACUCCGAUUAUCCGUUCGAAAUUCACAAAGACUGGCUGAUUGUGUUUGUAAGAAAUGAAUCGGAUGGAAACUUCAUAAAGAAAUUGAGAAGCGCAAUCACUAAACUGUAUGAACAGCUCGACUUUGUUUCAAUCCUUGAACAAGUAAAAGGUGACAAUUUGGCCAUGAACAUAAUUCAUCGGAUGCCAAAAAAGCUUUUCUUAAGCGACGGACUUGAAUCGAUGAACACAACGGAUAUGUUAUAUUUCGACAUAAAAGGGGUUGUCAAUUGCUGCUUCUUCGGCACCAGUUCGUUUGAUGGGACUUCAGCGCUGGAAGGAGUUAACAUUGACAGAGAAAGCGUCAAGAGUUUGUGCAACGAGUUUCAAUACAGUUCAGACCUACUGCAUUCUGCCAAAGAAACGAAAAAGCAGUUCAAAUAUCAUUUGACUCGAAACGGCUAUUGUUGCCAUGUGUUUGUAUUUUCGUCGCAUGGCUCUUCCUUUGGGGUUUUAACAAAAAGCGGUGAAACAGUCGGAUUCAAAGAUAUACUAGAUAUAGUGCGUCUAACAGAGGGAGAAGUUCCGGUUGUACUCGUAUUUGAUUGUUGUCGAGUUAACAUGGAAACAAAUGUGAACGUUACGAAAGAACAACUGAAAAUGAAAAACGUCAUAAUUGUUUAUGCAGCUGUCGACGGCAGCCCGUCGAUCUCAGAUAGUCAAUAUGGUUCCGUGUUUACUACCACGAUGUGCCAAGUCAUCAAGGAAGAUCGAUUAAAAUCCGACUUGUUAACAAUGAUGGAACGUGCUAUCAUGAAGAUUGGCGAGUUGAAACAUUCUAAGCAGACUUGUGCAGAAAUAGAAAGUUACCUUUCGAAGAAGCUUUUCCUUUUCGAAACUUCAGAUGUGACACCCAGUGAAGAGGAACCAACACAAAUUGAAGCCUAAAGGAAAAAGCAUGGUAAAAACCUGAUUUUAAGAAUUUGAAGGGAGAUGAUUACCCGACUGGAACGUAAGAUUUACAAUCAAUCCAACAAAGCGGCGAUCAGACAUCAUUACUUUUAUGAAUUUACCUUGAACAAGAAACUGAAUGAUAGAGUGAAUAUGUGUUUUGGUUUGGGAAGGACGGAAUACAUUUCGAUAUUUAUUUUGGUUCAUGUAAGACGUUACUCCUUAUAUGUACACGAUAACUAUAAUUUUAAUAUUCAAAACUGUGCGCAUAUGUACAUUUGCUUAUGUUGUUGUUUUUCUUUUUUUAAAUUGGUUAUGCUUUGCAUGCAUUUCUAUGCAGUUCAUCAAUCCGCGUACAACGUCAAGUUGUGACAAAGAUAACACCGUUAAUUGAUAGUCCUGCCUUUAUGACUUUCAUAACAUAUAAGUACAUCAACAAUACAUCUUUAACUGAUGUGUGUUUUAGAAAUAUACAAACAAAUUGUUUGAUAAACAGUUGCAACCAUAUUUUGAAAAAUGCUUAUUCAAUUUUGGUAAAUGAUUGGCUUAUUGUAUUCACAUUUACAAGACAUAUUAUACGGCCGAGUCCUCGAUUAAGUUUAGGAACUUUAAAAUUCACAACUGAAUAGGUUGAAUAUGUGUCGAGAGUGUAUAUGAGUAUUGCAUAAAUGUACAAUUUUCUAAUUAUAACUUUGAUGGGACUAGUUACAACAAUAAUUGACCUUUAUGAAUUUCUAUCAUUAUUGUUGCUUUUCGAUUGUCUGAAAUCAGACGUCAAAAUCAUGUCCCUCAACGGUACACGAUAUAUAAAUGAAUAAACAUAUAAAAUGUCCUUAGGAUCACCAAAUGGUUAUUCUAAAAAAACGGCAUUUAGGCCUCAAACAGUGUCACAAUGAUUGACGUACAAUACCGAUACAAAUCUGUUUUGUGUAUUUAUGAGGACCGUUUCAAUGUGCAUCUCGUUAAGACGAGAUUUCUCUCUAAUGCAAUUUGCCUUGUAAGAAAACUACUUUCUUAGGAUGUUAAAUGAACUAUAAUAUUUGUAAAUAUUACUAGUAAUUGCAUGACAUCAAAUGUAUGUUCGCCAAACUGCAAUAUGAUAUCAACUAUGUUUUAAGAGUUUGUACAAGGUUUGAAUCAUGAAGUCGUAAGGCAAAACAAAUGAUUUGUGUAUUGUAUUUAAUAUAGGACAUCGUUAGCACAAAUAUUAAGCUAAGUUAGGACACAUGAUUUUGCACUUUGUAUAUAUUUUGUUGACAUUUCCAUUUUUUCCACAUACAUGUAUACUCUUUAAACAUGUAUAAUGGUAUUUAAAGUAGUUUUCUUUAAUAUAAAUUGAAUCACAAACAAUGUGAUUAAACGUUUUUAAAAGAAUAGGCGUACAACUAAUGUUUUCUGCCAAAAACGUGUAGAACAUUCAAUAUUUAGAACGACCAUAUAGAUAGCCGAUUCGAUUUUUUAAUGAUAUACUUGACUGAAAAAACAUUGAUCUUAAAAUUCAAAAGUCAUAUCAAGCUAUUAACGGUUUUCCCGGAAUUUGAAUUAUGUCAUUUACAUUCAUUAAAUUUAUAAACUAUUAUAAUUUUAAACAUUGUUUUCUAUAAUAUUGCACGGUUUUGGGUUCUUUAUUAUUUAUAUAAUAUGUAUAGCAGCGUAAUUUAUUAUCUUUAAACAGUGACUAAAAAGAAAAUGUAUUUGUUUAAAUUGGUAUUUGUUUAUAUGACAAUGCAUGUUCGUAAAUAAUCAUGAUCUGUUAUCACGGAAAAAAUGUAAGAUUGCAUCAAUAUCAUUUCAUAUAAUUAUAUAAAUUAUCAAUCUGUUUAUUUACUUAGCGGUACUUGUUGGAGUUAUGUUUUGCCUUCGUGUUUCUUAUCCAUCUGAACCUCAUGUUUGACUGAAUCUAUAAAACUCACAAAAAUUUCACCAUUUUCGUGAUUUUGACAAGUGUCUUCACAUGAUGAACACCACCACAUUUGUUUUAUAUAAUAUAUAAAGUAUGUGGUUUUUGAAGUUAUAGUAUCUUCAUUUCUGGUUUGUGAUUUUGUUCUGCUCUCUAUCAUUAGCUUUGACUCCGUGCCUUUGUUUACACUUUCGAAUACUAGACUUGUUUUUGUGUUGUUGUUUCAUUUCAUAUAGAUAUUCAGUUGAAAUAGUUCUUAUACUGUUGCAUUGCAUUCUGCAUGCCCAUAGUUUGUGUCUCGUAUCUGCUUUAACAAAUUAUAAAAUUUUAAAAAUGAUUUGUAUUUGAAUAUAUAGCCAGAGUUUUAUUUUAAACAGACAUACAUAAUCAAAAUAUGUUGUUUUUCUUUUUUGAUAAAUAAGGAUACAUACUCACCAAAAGUGAAACUAAAGCAUACACGUUGCGAGCGCAAUUCUAAAGUUUAUAUCCCAUAAACAUCGGUGUAUACUAGGAGUCAUAACAUUACUAUGGCUUUAUCGAAAAACUGUUUUCCUUUUUCGGUUUGCUUUAGAAAACUAAUGACACGUAUUAUAUUGAUUUUUGAACACGGAUAUGUAAGUGUGAAGAUAAAAAAAAAUAACGUAGUAUUGUUUCCUUUUUAUGUAUUUGUUGAAAUUUGUUAUUUGCUUAUGUUAUUUUGCAUGUAUAUAUAUACUCAUAACAUUUAAGGCCACACCAACUUUAAUUUGAUCAAUUGAGUAUGACCGACACAAUAGGAGCCGGGGGCGGAAUACUAUUUAAGUGUUUGUUAAGAAAACGUCGCAAUGAAGUCCUCCGGUGAAUAUUUCGUAUACAUAUCUAUCUGAAAUUAGAAAUGAUAUGUUUGGCCAUAUUAUCUUCAUUUGAAGCAAAUCAUUUUAUUCGUGUACAAGAAGACAUUGUGUUGGUAUUUGGAUUCAUAAUUAAUGUAUUAAUGUAUAUAGAAACAUAAGAAUGGUCUCUUUUAAAUCCUAAUUACAUUUUGGUAUUUACUGAAGAUCAGGUUUGAUGUGGCCUAAAGUGUUGAACAUGAUAUUUCGAGUUGCUGCGAGAUUGUUAAUAUGUUUAAAUAAUUUAUCAUGAAGUUUGUUUACUAAACGAUAAGACUAAAUCGUCAACAUAAACCAUGUUUUUCACAAACAUGUAGCUAAUUUACCGUAAUUGACCAUAUAAAAGGUACUAAAUAAUUGGAUUGUCAAACUUUUUAUACAGAGCAGUGUACGACUAAUUUACAGCAUCUUGAAAGCUAAAAGGAAAUCUUUGCUUAACAACAAGGCUAUGUUGUUCCGUAAUUCCCAUUUUAAACCACGGGCCUGUUUACUUAAUCGAAUAGAUGUUAAAUUUUCUUAAAUAAAUCAUUCUUCUUCCGCUUCAAUCAGCCGCAUCGCGAAAAUUUAAACCUUCGGACAUAAUUAUUACAAAUAAAUGUACUGUAAAAUAAGAUGUCAAAUUGACUUCACCUUUGCUUCAACAGCAAAAGCGGAUUUUUCCCAGAUUUGUCAUGACUACAUUCAUAGUGUCGGUUUAAAAUGGCCUUAUUGUUUAGUAAUACAAACAUGAAACAUGAAUUAUGUUGAUACGUUUGUUCCAUUACGCGGAAGGAUAACACAUAACAAUUAAAAUUGAUUGGAAUUUCAGAUAAAGGUUAAUGAAUCCCUUCAAUUUAACAAUGCACUUUCGUGAUGAUGCCAUGUGUUAAAUGUAUAAUUUAAAAUACGCAAUUCCUGGUUUUAUUUGUUAACACGUGUCUUACGCAAUUGAAUAGACAUCAUCACUUUACAGUAUUAGUUCAUGAAAUGUUAUUUCAAUUAAAAUUCAAACACAGAAAAAAAUAAGAAACUGUAUACCAGAAGGCUCAAAAUCUUGGGAUGCGGCUCAUACAUGUGUGUGUGAUAAUUGCAGUGAACUAUACUCUUAAUAAAACUUAUAUCUACGA